UUCCCCUCCCUAAGAAAGCAAAGCCCAACUCAUCAGCAGCUCAUGCAGGAGCAGGAGGGGUUUUGGAGUUAACUGCAUGCAGGAAAUCUCUCACAUCCUGAGUCCCAGCUCGCUCCUCUCUGUAACUGUAUAUUAUGGUGCUGCUCUCCAGCCCCAGCUGAUGAAAGUUUGUCUCCUUCAGUCUGGGCUAAGAUGUCAAAGCGUCUCCAUGCAGAGCAGCAGCGCUUCCCUCCUCCGCACCCCCCGGCCCAGAUUUUCAUGCUGCUGCUGAGCCUCAGCUGGCUCUUUUUAGCAUCAUCCAGAGCUCAAGGAGAGAAUGUGGACAGUAAAUUGCAAUCCUCAAGACAACAGAUGCCAAAGGACCCGUCAAAAGAUUAUGAAAUAAUAAUUCCCCACCUUUUGAAUGGAGAACAGUGGAGACCAGUAAAUGGCGUUUAUUCAAAGAAUCACCCAGCACUGCUGCAGUUUGUGAUACAAGCUGGAAGUGAACAACUACUCAUCAAUCUGGAGCGAAAUGAGGGCCUGUUAGCCAGCAGCUUCACAGAAACGCACUAUCUGCAGGACGGCACCGACGUGGUCCUCGCGCGCAAUCACACGGGUCACUGCUAUUACCACGGCAAUGUACGAGGGUACCCGGAUUCUGCAGUCAGUCUCAGUACCUGCUUUGGACUCAGGGGAAUUAUUGUAUUUGAAAACAAAAGCUACAUUCUGGAGCCAUUAGAAGGUGCUGCGGGUGAACACAAGAUCUACCCAUCAGAGAACUUGAAAAUUGCCCCAGGAUCUUGUGGCCACCAUUUGGACCUUUCUGCCCUGAGGGCUGAUGACACACCACACCGUUCUCAAACAUCUGCUGGCAGGUACAAGAGGGAGACUCUGAAGACAACAAAGUAUGUGGAGCUUGUUAUUGUGGCAGAUAAUCGCGAGUUUCAGAGACAAGGCAAGGACGUAGAAAAAAUUAAGCAGAGGCUGAUAGAAAUUGCAAACUAUGUUGAUAAGUUUUAUAGGCCACUAAAUAUUCGAGUAGCCCUGGUUGGCGUGGAAGUAUGGAAUGACAUGGAUAAGUGCUCUAUUUCUCAAGACCCUUUCACUAGCCUCCAUGAGUUUCUGGACUGGAGAAAGCUAAAACUACUACCUCGUAAACCUCAUGACAAUGCACAGCUAAUAAGUGGGGUGUACUUCCAAGGGACUACCAUUGGCAUGGCGCCCAUAAUGAGCAUGUGCACUGCAGAGCAGUCUGGCGGGGUUGUCAUGGAUCAUUCAGAAAACCCUCUAGGUGCAGCAGUUACCCUGGCUCACGAACUGGGUCACAAUUUUGGAAUGAAUCAUGAUACCUUGGAGAGGGGCUGUAACUGCAAAGCAUCUACGGAGAAAGGCGGUUGCAUCAUGAACCCCUCUACUGGCUAUCCAUUUCCCAUGGUAUUCAGUAGCUGCAGUAGAAAGGACCUGGAAAACAGCCUGGAAAAAGGAGUGGGAAUGUGUCUGUUUAACUUGCCCGAAGUCAAGGAGUCAUUUGGUGGACAGAAGUGUGGGAAUGGCUAUGUGGAAGACGGAGAGGAAUGUGACUGUGGGGAGCCUGACGAAUGCACCAACCAGUGCUGUAACGCAACUACCUGUGCUUUGAAGCCAGGAGCAGUGUGUGCCCAUGGGCUUUGCUGUGAAGAUUGCCAGUUAAAACCAGCGGGGAUUUCUUGCAGAGAGUCAAGUAAUUCCUGUGAUCUGCCCGAGUUCUGCACUGGCGCCAGCCCUCACUGCCCGGCUAACGUCUACUUGCACGACGGACACGCUUGCCACGGCGUGGAUGGCUACUGCUACAACGGCAUAUGCCAGACCCACGAACAGCAGUGCAUCACUCUCUGGGGCCAAGGUGCGAAACCUGCUCCUGGGAUCUGUUUUGAGAGAGUCAAUUCUGCAGGAGAUCCUUACGGCAACUGUGGCAAAGACUCCAAGAGCUCCUUUGCUAAAUGUGAACCCAGAGAUGCUAAGUGUGGAAAAAUUCAGUGUCAAGGGGGAGCAAAUCGACCUGUGAUUGGUACCAAUGCUGUCUCCAUAGAAACUAAUAUCCCGCUUCAGGAAGGGGGAAAGAUCCUGUGCCGGGGUACCCACGUGUACUUGGGGGAUGACAUGCCGGAUCCGGGUCUUGUGCUGUCAGGAACCAAGUGCGCGGAUGGAAAAAUUUGUCUUAAUCGCCGAUGCCAGAAUACGAGUGUUUUUGGUGUGCAUAAAUGUGUAACAAAGUGCCAUGGACGUGGAGUCUGCAACAAUAAAAAAAACUGUCACUGUGAAGCUGACUGGGCCCCCCCAUACUGUGACAAGCCAGGCUUUGGUGGCAGCAUGGACAGUGGACCAAUUAGGCAAGCAGAUAAUAAGAGUUUAACCAUAGGAGUGUUGAUAACGAUUCUGUGCCUUAUUUUUGCUGGGUCAAUCAUGUACCUGAAAAGGAAGACUUUCAUGAGAUUGCUGUUUACAAGUAAAAAGACAACAAUAGAGAAACUAAGGUCUGUGAGGCCAGCAAGACCUGCCAAUUCAUCUGAGCCUAAUCAUGUUCAUUCCACAUCUCUCAGUAAAAAUCUGAUCAUGAAGCCACAAAAUACAAACGUGCAAAAGAGAGACGGGCCAAGAAGAUUGCUGCCCUAUCAGAUCGUUGACAUUAGUAACCCUGUGAAGACACAGGAUUUACCACAAUUAAAAACUCCACAGCGAGUCCUACCACCCCUUCCCCAGCUGCCAUGUCAUCUGACUGUGCCCGAAAGGCCCUUGCCAGCUACCCCUUCCCUUCGGUUUGCCCAGGAAACCCACAAACCAAACCCUCCUCGGAAGCCUCUACCUGCAGAUCCUCUGAACAAAACCCGUUACAACAGUGCCUGCACACCGGCGCCUGGACAGACAAAAGCUCUGCCUCAAAUUACUCCAGUAAGACCUGCUCCUAAACAUCCCCCACAGGUACCCAGGUCCAGCAACACUGCUGAUGUGAAAUGACUCGAAAACCUGACACCUUUAUUUUAAAAAAGUGAAGACAGAAGUUUGCACUAUCUUUAAACUCCAGCUGGAGUUCAUUUUUAUGACAUUACUUAGAAUUUUUAAUGUUUAAAACAGCAUAAUUUUUAAGAAUUCUGAGCUACUGCCUUUGGUGCUGUGCUGUGCUAUGGUGCUCUGUAUACUUGCUCAGGUACUUGUAAAUUAUUAAUUUAUGUUGAAUAUUUAUUACAGUGCAGUGCACUGUAGUAGAUAUUUUUACCAUAGCUGAGUUUUCCUAAGAAGGAAGCCUUUUUUUGUAAUAUUUUAGUGAACUUGAAUAAUUCUGCUUUAUUGGUCCUAUGUAGAGUGUUUAGUUUUGAUCUAUUCUUUAUGGAGUACUGAUACUCAUGGAUAAAUCAAAUGUAUAAACAACUCCAUCUCAAUGGUUUAUAACAAACUUUUUAAUAAGUACAUCAGGGUAAAACAUCUUUUCUGGAACACCGUGAAAUGCCCGAUAUCUGCACAGAUGUAUAGCAUGUGUAUUAACCAGAGUGACACUCGCCGUUAGCAGCUAUACUGUAGUUUCAAUUCUCAUGUUACUGUUUGAAACUGUCGAGAAAUCUGUGCUAAAAGAGGAUGUAUUGAUUUUUGACAAGUUCUCUUACUGAAGAAGUACUGUAUAUCAUAAAACUAUUUUGUAACCUCAUUUUCCUUGAACACAGUAUGGUUAGUACAUAUUAAUGCAGAUAUCAGGCCUUCCAGUGUCAUUACAUUUUUUGAUGCAUUGGUAAUUAAAAUCAAUCUAUACUACGUAAGGUUGUAGCAUCUCACUAUGUUGUCUAGCUGUACUGUUUAGACUACAUGACAUUACACCUAGGAGAAGGGGGAAAGCCAAGCAUUACAAAGAAUUACACUUUAAAAAGCAACUAGUAUUUCUUUUGCCUCAUUGCUCUGCUUGUCAACUGUAUUUUGCAUAUUUACUACUGUUUUGUAUUUAACUUCUCAAAUAUUGUUCUGGGUUUCAUACUUUUCAAAUCAAAGUACAUACUUUAGUACAUGGAUAUUCUAGGACGCAGAAAAAAAAUCUCCAUCUCUCUUUACUAUACACAUUAUAUCUCGUCUCUUCUGUACCUUCUCAGUAGCACUGCUGAAUAAAGUUGUUUCAUAUAUGCUGUAAUAAAAGCAAUUUUCAAAUAUCAAUUAAAAUAGAGGGAUCAGGAACUAUUACCUUGCAUAGGUUAGUUUCCUAGUUGUUUGUAGUUUUUUUCUUUAAGCAAAAAUAAAAGCAUUGAUAGAAACUUGGAUCUCAUUUCAGUAAGUGUAAUUGUAUUUAGUUUUCCUAGAAAUAUAGCAGUCAUGUUUAUGGAUAAAGUCAAUAAACCAAAAUAAACCAUAGUAUAGUUUGUUAUUUAAUAGCAAAAUAAAAUUAAAAUUUGCUUCACAAAGCAACCAUAAUAGAAAACACCAGUGCAUUUUGUACUAUAUGGAGAAUUACUACAAUAGCAGGAUGUUAAUUCAUCCUAGGCUUGGCAGUGUAGUUGAAAACAAAAUUUCCAGGUGAUAUGAGAACAUUCAGAUGAUGCUUUUUAGGUAUGUGAGAUAUUUGCAUUUAAAACAUUUUAACUUCUGCCAGCAGUAGCUUUGUAUCUAAAAUUGGGGGGGGGGGGGCAUCUCACUACACAGCAGAAGUGAAUGAUCUCAUUUCUUUUGUUUGAACAGGCCAUUUUUAAAAUGCCAAAUAAUUAUGCUGUAUCCACAUAUUUCUGAAAACACUUGUAAGAGAUUCUUAAAUCGCAAGGUGAAAUUGUAAGUAGUAUGAGUGUGAAAUUAGUUGAUGAGAAAGUUUUUCAUAUCUGUUUGCAUCUAAAGCUAGUGCCAUUAAAUUUACUGAGGUUAAACUUAGGUAAGACUUAGCACAAGUAUAUUAGGGCAAUUAAUAAUUAGAAAGCUGGGGCAUGAAACCUAUUUUAUUAUACAGAAAUACCCAUAUACGGCACUGAACCCUAUUCCCUAAAAUUACAAGGAGCCAUCUAACCCAUAUUUAAUCCAGAACGGUCCACAGACCAGCCAUUCUGGGAACUGAGCACACAAAAGCUGGAAAGCUUCUCAGGUGAUGCUGAACACCCGCUGGACAUACGGACCAGGGCCUGUUCUCCACUCCCUUCCCCCAGAAGAAGAAACACCAAAGAGACACAAAUAAUUUUUCACGUAUGGAGGAAGACAGCAAAAGAGUGAUUGAUACAGGGGACAUCACUAAGUGUCCUCCAUCCCAGCCACAGUGGAAUUUUUAGAUUAAACUGCCUAGAUGGUCUUAUUAAGUGGCUUGUAUCCCUCGAAGAGCCCUGUAGCUGCAAUUAGUACAUGCCUGAGCUUUUGAAGCGCACAAGCAUCAACACGGGCUGCCCAGCAGUGUCUUACCUGCCAUUGCUAGCGAAGGGCAAAGCUCAGCCGUUCUUCAAAGGAUGAGGAGUGAGCGGCUGGGGCUUCUCCGGCUGACCAGCAGAAGCCCUGAGGCAACACGGCAUCAUUAACAAAAUACCCUUUUACUGUCUCUAACGAGUCUUCUCUCUCCCCAGAGAAAGAUCUGAAAAACAUGUUUAACCAAGCUGUGAACUAACUACUAAAACCCGCUCAAUAAGCAGAAAAGUAUAUGUCAAAUUUAUUAACUAUUAACGCUUUUCUAAAUUAAACAGCUGAAGCAUAUGUAUGCAAUGACUUGGAAGGUAGUUUCAUAGUUACGAGUGUGAGAUUAUGUGUAUAUAUUAUCUAAUGGAGUUCCUAGCUUAUGUUAUACAUGGAUAAAGCUAGAGAUUUUUAUACCUUUUGAAAAAAAUCCUAAUUCCUUACCUGAAACAAAAAACAAACUGAAAACAUCCUGAGAAAUGACUACUAUGACUUGAAACGAACAGAUGGUAGUUACUGACACACAAGCCGAAUUUUAUUUUUAAAGCAAAACUGAGGAGGAGGUAUGAUGUAUAGCACAGUCAUAUAAUCUGGAAUCCUUGCAAUUAGCAUAUAUGCAAAUUUAUUUAUACAUACUCAGAUGCAAAAUUCUACAGGCAGAAAAAAUCUGUAGCUUUUGCAGAUUUAAAAAACUCCAUCAACUAGUUCUUUCAUUUUUAGUUCAAAUUUUUCCCCGGAAUGGGAGUAGUAGAUGGUGGUGUCAGUUGUGUUUUUUUUAAUAUAUAUGUAAAAUUAGUGAUUAGACAUGCAGAUUUCAGGCAAAAUUCCGUUCUGAAAACCAGAUGAAUGGUUUUACAUUUUUAAAGACAGUCUAAGCAAAUUCCCACGGGAUACAUCAGGAUGUGAAAUUUCAACAUUUGCUACUCUAUGGUAGCUGCUCAUUGUACGUACCUGUGGUAUCAAAUAAGUGCUGUCAACACAGGCUUUAAGGGCUGUCGUAACAUGUACAUCUACCUCUAUGCUCAAUAAACUUUUUAACUUUUAAAUUACCUUUAGCAAUUAAGAUGCAUCAGCCUUUAAAUAAUACUUAAUCUUUUCUGGAGUUCCAUUUCUCUUCUUGAGAGAGAUCUUCUGAACAGAAUGUCACUGAACAUGCUGACGGCGCUUGCUGUCUUCUCCUUCCACACACACAUCUCAGCCUCCUGCCUACUCAACAUGAGACAAUGCAGUUCCUGAUCUAGAUAAGUCCCCCUUUCAGAGGCAAAGAAAGGACAUAACAUGCUCCCUAAAGCAGUGCAUAAAAAUGCUAUUAUGCUAAUCAAUAGAACAGUAAUUACAAGUCACCAUAAUGAGAAAUGAAUAAAUAGGCAAAAUAAAAGGCAAAUGGCAUGUUUACCUUCCUUCUCCCCCAUCAAAUCUCUGUUUUUUGUUUUCCCAGAUUUUUUUUUCAAUAGCUGUCAGUUAUCAGAGAGCAGCAACAUUUUUUAAGUUCAUGGUGUCCCUUUUCAAAGGCUCAAAAUAUUCAACAGAUACAUAUUUCUUUUUUUAGUUUCAAUUCUGAUUUCUUCUGAUCAUUUGCGUAUGUAAUAUUCUCUUUUACUAACUUCUAAUUAUAGUACUUUAUUUUUAAUUUAACUAUAAAUUGCAACUCAAUUCCAUUCAUUCUCUGCAACAUAAUUUUGUUCAUUCUCUGCAACAUAAUUUUAUAAACUCAGUAAUGCUAAAACUCAUUCUACGCACAGACCAUCCUUCCAGAUAACUAUACUACACGUUGCCAAAAGACAAAGCUGCCCCCAUACACUAGCAUCCAUUUUUACAAAACACUGUUAAAUGAGAGCGAAGCAUUAACAAAUUGGAGCAUAUAGAAAUAAGAGUUUUAAAAGCUUGAAAUUCAGUUAGUGCAGAGGUAGAAUCCCCAACAGCAUCAUGAUGACAAAGAUAAACAUUUCUCUUCCAUUCCCCUCUCUUGCUUUUCUUUUUACAAAUCAGAUGGUGUUCUGGCUUUAGGUUUACUCAUUUGCACAAUGGUUGCUUAUGGGGCUUUGAAAGGAAAGCAGUAUGCAGGUAGUGUGUGUCUGUACAAAAGAAAAAUGAAUUUUUAUCUCUUUAUUACAUGUCCUACUUUUACAUAUCUGAAUUUAUAUCCUUUAACAUACCUAUGACUACGCAUCUUUCCAAAAUAAAGUCACCUGUGCACAAGAGGUGCAUCAGCGUAAGCAAAAUUUUAUGUAUUUUUUAAAUAAAACAUGAAGAAGAGACCCAUGACUGUACACAAUCAAACUAAGAGAAGGAACAGAAAUAUUUUAGAAACGCGUUAAAGCAGCAUAUCUAAAAAUACAAAGCAUAUUUUCAUGUGGAAAAAAUGCUGUUGUUAAAAAAAAAAAAAAAAAGAUGUAGCUGUGGUAAGUAAUUUUAACUGUUUAAGAUGUCACUACAGACUGCUUGGCUCAGUAUGAACACAGACGAGUCAUAUAAACCAACAUACUAUUUUUAUGAACCAUUCAUUUAUAAUACUUAAACUUCAACUUGCUAACUUUUCAAUCUUUGCUAUGUAACAGGUUUUACCAACAUAAGAGGUUUUUACUUAUGUAUGCAUUUCUUACAGAAUCUUCCAUUCAAAGGUGCUUCACGUGAACACAGUCUCGUAAUUCAAUAGCUGAACAAUCUGCUUAUUGUUAAGUACUAUCUCUCAAUAAAUAUGUUCUUAAUUAUAUUUGGUUUUGCCUAUUAAUUACCCAAAUUGUUAAUAAAAUGCAAGCAUUUCCUCAAAAUAUAUCAUGCUAAGAGAUAA